CCGCCGUAUGCAAGCAAUGGCAUUAUUGGUUUUCUUCGCGGCAUUCGCGUUAUCGACCGCGACUCAUGCCGUCGGCCAGACAGGAUUCCUGAGCAUCGACUGCGGUUUAGAGCGCAACUACAGCGGCUACAAGGACAACGAUAAUGGCCUCUCCUACGUCUCCGACGGCCCGUACGUCGACGCCGGGGAGAACCACAGGGUGGCCGCCGGGCAGGAGACCGAUCGCGUACGCACUGACCUCACCGUGAGGAGCUUCCCACCCGGCCUUCUACGGAACUGCUACUCGCUGCCCACCAUCGCCGGGACCAAAUACCUGGUCCGGGUGGUGUCCUUCUACGGCAACUACGACGGCACGAACAGCUCGUCGACGCUGCAGUUCGACCUGCACCUCGGGGCCAACUACUGGGACACCGUGAGGGCCGACGGCGACCAGGUGUACGAGGCGGUGUUCGUGGCGUGGGCGAGCUGGGCGCCGGUGUGCCUCGUCAACACCGGCCAGGGCACGCCCUUCGUGUCCUCGGUGGAGCUCAGGCCGCUCGGGAGCGACUUCUAUCCACCGGUCAUGGCCAACCAGUCCAUGCGCAUGUCUGCUCGGCGUAGCAUGGGGCCAACAACCAGUCGAGUUACAAGUUUUCCAGCCGAUCAAUAUGAUCGGUACUGGUGGGCAAUGCCCAGUGAAGCAACGUGGGCGAACCUUUCCACCACGUUGGCCAUCACGGAGGACAGCUUCCAGGUUUCCUCGGCGAUUCUUCAGAAGGCCGUCACUGUGGCCGGCAAUGGCACCACUCUCAGCGUCAUCUGGGGCGGAGACCAACGAAUGCUCCGUCAGUUCAUGGCGUUCCUCCACUUCGCCGAUUUCCAGGACAGCCAGCUCCGGGAAUUCGACGUCUACUUCAACAGCGACAGUCCGACCCGAUUCACCCCACUGUACCUGUCUGGUAAUGUACUCUACAACACCGAUUGGUACAAUGCCGCCAAUGGAGUUGUGAACAUCACACUUGCGGCCACCGCCAGAUCUGCGCUGCCCCCGAUGCUCAAUGCAUUUGAGAUCUACACUCCCAUCGUCCAUGACACUCCCGUUACUUUCUCCAAAGACUUUGAUGCCAUCAUGGCUAUCAAACACGAGUACGGGGUAAAGAAGAACUGGAUGGGUGAUCCAUGUUUCCCAAACCAAUAUGCAUGGGAAGGUGUAAAAUGCAGGAAUACAAGUGACAAUGUUCAAAGGAUAAUAUCUAUCGAUAUGUCCAACAGUAACUUGAAUGGGGUGGUAUCUAGCAACUUCGCUUUGCUCACAGCACUCGAGUCUCUAAAUUUAUCAGGAAACCAACUUAAUGGGCCUAUUCCAGAUUCGCUCUGUAAAAAUAAUGGAGGGCAGUUCAUAUUGAGUUACGGAUCUGGUGGAGAUAUAUGCAACAAAACAAUAAAUCCAUCCGGGUCAAAAAACAGAAAUGCUAUAAUAGCUACUUCAGUAGUGGCUCCUGUGCUGGCAGUGGCUGUACUUGGUCUCUUAUAUCUGAUCUGGAGAGUGAAAAGAAAGCCCAACUUUUCUGCAUAUGUUCCUCCUCAAGUAUCAGAUCUCAAGAAUUCUUCAGCAAGUACAGAAAAUCAUCUCCUUGAUACUGAGAAUCGCCGGUUCACAUACGAGGAGCUGCAGGAGGUUACUAAUAACUUCCAACGGCUCAUUGGGCGUGGAGGAUUUGGGAAUGUGUACUACGGUCGGUUAGAAAACACUAGCGAGGUUGCAGUCAAGAUACGCUCUGAAUACUCCAAGCAAGGGCUUCAUCAGUUUUUAGCAGAGGUUAUGAAUUUGACAAAGGUGCAUCACAGAAAUCUAGUUUCUUUGGUUGGUUAUUGCUGGGAAAAAGAUCAUUUAGCACUGGUUUAUGAGUACAUGUCUGGAGGCAAUCUUUGUGAUCAUCUAAGAGGUAAAACUGGUGUUGGCGAUACCUUGAAUUGGGCAACGCGUUUAAGAAUUGUGCUUGAAGCUGCACAAGGUUUGGAUUAUCUACACAAGGGUUGCAACCUUCCAAUAAUUCAUAGAGAUGUUAAGACCAAUAAUAUCCUCUUGAGUCAAAAUCUAAAAGCUAAACUUGCUGAUUUUGGACUUUCUAAAACUUAUAUGAGUGACACGCAAACUCAUAUAUCAACGGAAAAUGCAGCUGGAACACCGGGUUAUAUGGACCCUGAGUACCAAUUGACCGGCAAGCUGACAGAGAGCAGUGAUGUUUAUAGCUUCGGUAUUGUUCUUUUGGAGGUAGCCACCGGUGAGCCUCCGGUACUAUCUGAUGAUGACCACACUCACAUCACACAACACGUCAAAAACAAUAUUACCUCUGGCAACAUCAGCUUAAUUGCUGACGAGCGGCUAAAAGAUUCCUAUGAUGUUAGCUCUAUGUGGAAGGUGGUUGAUACCGCAAUGAUGUGCACAACAUAUGAUGCUUCCCGAAGGCCAACAAUGUCCACCGUGGUUAUACAACUGAAGGAGUGUUUGGCAUUAGAAGAAGCUCAUGUGGACAAGGACGUCAGUGCAAGCUCAACACAUGAUGAUCUGCAUCAUAUUCCAUCCAAAGUUGGCCCACUCGCAAGAUAAAAGAACCAUAUAGCCAUGGCGUAGCGUGUUGAUGGUUUUCUAAAACAGUUUGUAAUUCAACAUGUUUUGGUAUUGUAUAUGUCCAUGCUUGCAAUGCAUUACAUUAGUUUUCUUGAACGCGUGGACAAACCAAUAAUUUUUAUGAGCUUUCAUCCUCUUCUGGGACUGAUGCCCAAUUA